AUGGGCACGGACCGAGGCCAGGACCCCCCACACUCGUCUAGCCUGCAAAAUACACCUUUCAACACUUUUAGAUCGUCACUCUACCACCUCGAUACUAACGACAACAGGGUCAAGAUGAGUCACCGGAAGUUCGAAGCCCCCCGCCACGGCUCCCUGGCCUACCUGCCGCGCAAGCGCGCUGCCCGCCACCGCGGAAAGGUCAAGAGCUUCCCCAAGGAUGACGCCAAGAAGCCCGUCCACUUGACUGCCUCCAUGGGUUACAAGGCCGGUAUGACCACUGUCGUCCGUGACCUUGACCGUCCCGGUGCCAAGAUGCACAAGAAGGAGAUUGUUGAGGCCGCUACCGUCAUUGAGACUCCUCCUCUCGUUGCUGUCGGUGUUGUCGGUUACAUCGAGACUCCCCGUGGUCUCCGCUCUCUCACCACCGUCUGGGCUGAGCACCUGAGCGAUGAGGUCAAGCGUCGCUUCUACAAGAACUGGUACAAGAGCAAGAAGAAGGCUUUCACCCGUUACGCCAAGAACCACGCCGAGGCCACCGGUGCCACCGCCCGUGAGCUCGAGCGCAUCAAGAAGUACUGCACUGUCGUCCGUGUCCUUGCCCACACUCAGAUCCGCAAGACCGCCGUCAAGCAGAAGAAGGCCCACCUCAUGGAGAUCCAGGUCAACGGUGGCUCCGUUGCCGACAAGGUUGACUUCGCCCGCAACCUCUUCGAGAAGACCAUCGAUAUCGACAGCAUCUUCGAGAAGGACGAGAUGAUUGAUGUCAUCGCCGUCACCAAGGGUCACGGUUUCUCCGGUGUCACCAGCCGUUGGGGUACCACCAAGCUUCCCCGCAAGACUCACAAGGGUCUCCGUAAGGUCGCCUGUAUUGGUGCCUGGCACCCUAGCCACGUCCAGUGGACUGUUGCCCGUGCUGGUCAGGACGGUUACCACCACCGUACCUCUUGCAACCACAAGGUCUUCCGCAUCGGUAAGGCCACCGAUGCUGGCUCUGCCUCCACUGACUUCGAUAUCUCCAAGAAGCAGAUCACCCCCAUGGGUGGCUUUGUUCACUACGGUGAGGUCAAGAACGACUGGAUCCUGCUUAAGGGUUCCGUCCCCGGUGUUAAGAAGCGUGUCAUGACUCUGCGCAAGACUCUGUACCCCCAGACCAACCGCAGGGCCACUGAGAAGGUCGAGCUCAAGUGGAUCGACACCUCCUCCAAGUUUGGUCACGGUGCUUUCCAGACCCCCGAGGAGAAGCGCGCCUUCCUGGGUACCCUCAAGAAGGACCUUGUUGCCGAGUAA